GAAAUAUCCCAUCUAGUAAAUACUUGCUAGUUUCUUAUAUUUCGGGGGAGAGAAAAAAAAAUCUCCGUUUUCUCCCUCCAAGGCUCCAACAAGGCCACAACUCGCGUUUCUCGCACGCACGCAGAGGAGGAGCAAUCGCCGGCGGAGGAGAAGCAGGAGCAGUCGGCGGCGGAGGCGUACAGCGGGGGAGCAGUAGGCAGCGGAUGCGCACAGCGGGGGAUGCGACGGACGGCCAGGCGAAGCAGGCGGCGUCGCACGGAAGAUUCACCCCUAUCCUUGGAUCUGGAAUCUGGAUGUUCCACUAGUGGCACCUUCCCAUGUCCUCGCUGUCAUGCGCCUUUUGAGAUCAACAUAGCUGCCAGCUGGCAAACCUAGGGUUGGAAAGAUGACAGAUAAUCUAAUAGGUGAUUGCUCAACAAGCUCAAAGAAAAGGAAGAAAGCUUGCAAAAGUAGAGGAGAGACAAGAAAAUUGCAUGAAGAUAACAUUUUUGAAGAGGAGUUUGGCAGCUUGAAGAACUCUGGUCAAGGAGCAUGGAGUGAACUGAGUAAAGUAGUAGCGUCAAACUUAUCUGAAAGUGUUGUCUCGCUGGCUUCAUUCGAUGGGGAUAUUAUGCAUUCUGCAUGCACAGGCGUAGUUAUCAAAACUGAUUUAUUUGGCACAAGUUACCUGACUUCAGCUAGCCUGAUUAGAUCUUUUGAUGAUGAAAGCAAGAUCAUGCCAUUUGUGUCUAUUGAAGUACACCUUCCAAAAAAACAAGUUGCCCAUGGGUGGUUAUACAAGUAUGACUUGCAAUACAAUAUUGCUGUUAUUGAAACCAAGUUCUUCCCUGGUCUCCGAGCAAUAAAUCUUGAGCAUCAGCUGCAAUUUGAGUCUCACAGUAAGGUAGUUGCUGUGGGGCGCUGCUUCAAGUCAGGCAAAUUAAUGGCCACCAGUGGGGUGCUGACUGACGAUCCAAGCGGAGUUUAUCGGAAAGAACUCAUGAUCUCCACGUGUGAAAUCACCAUGGCUGGGGUUGGAGGGCCUCUUAUUGAUUUGGAUGGGAACUUUGUUGGCAUGAACUUUUAUGCGAAGAAAAGGACACCAUUCCUGCCAAGGAGUACUAUUACCGAAUGCAUGGCUAAUUUCAAGACAUACCGGGGUGAGCUUAAGAAACUUGAUAGCACAACUGGAAGGAGCACAAAUGAGAUACAAGAAUCUCCUGCAACCUCCAAGUCCUAUUUGGAAGGCUUGGAAGGAUGUUCGGACUCUUUUGAGUUACGUAACUCCAGUAGGAAACCUGAGAAUGAGCAGGAGUCGUCUUCUUCUAGUGAUUCAGAAGAAAACCCAAUUGAGAAUGAUCCAUUUUUUAUGGAGACGGCCUCCCCUUUCUUGCCAGUUGCUGAUGGUGAUGAAUUUGGGAAAUUUUUAAUCAAGGAACUAACGUCCCAAGGUUAUCCUUUGCCAGCUGUCCUUGACGGAGGCAUGCGUUUGGUUAAUACUUUUGAAAAUGAAUUUGCUGAUGAUAUCUGGAGUAAACUCACCAAAAAAGUUGCUUCAAACAUGUCUCGUGUUGUUGUCUCUCUUGCUUCAUUCAAUGGCGAAGAACGGAUUUUUGCUUGCACAGGAAUAUUUAUAGGCUGCGAUGAAUCCAACACAAGGAUUCUGACUUCAGCAAGUUUGGUUAGGAUUUCUGAUGAUGAAAACAGGAUUAAUGAUAACUUGAAGAUUGUUGUACACCUUCCAAACAAACAACAAACUGUAGGGACAUUGCAACAUUAUCAUCUGCAUUACAAUGUUGCUAUUGUCAGCAUCAAAGGUUUUCGUUGUCUUCGUACGGAAGAAUUUCAUGAUCCAGGGCUAAUUGAGCGUAAGGAGGUAUUAUCUGUAGGACGCGUCUUCAAGUCAGCCAAAUUAAUGGCCACAAGUGGGAUAUUGACUGACAAACCAAGCAAACUUGACUGCAAAGAACUUAAGGUCUCCACUUGUAGAAUCAGUAAGGCUGGGAUUGGAGGGCCCCUGAUUGAUUGUCAUGGUAAUUUCGUUGGUAUGAACUUCUACGGUAGGAAAGAGACUCCGUAUUUACCAAGGGAUACAAUUCUGAAAUUAUUGAGCUAUUUUGAUGGAGAAGGGGACAUCUCUCCUGAGAUUAUGGACAACCAAAACAGAUGGCCUGUGCCCAAGUUACGUUGGCAUUAUCCUUCCUUCUCCAGCCAUCGCAAGAUAGAGCCGCGCAGAUAUAUAAAAUAUUAGUAAUUUAUAUCCAUGCCUAUUUAGUCUUGAACCUGUUGCAUUGGUUGCUAUCUACUAUCUUGAACUCCUGUGUUGUGCAAGGGCAGACCUGACAAAGCACUUUUGAAAUGCCGUAACACUGGAUUACUUGAAACUUUAUGAAAUUAUGCUUGUACCUACAGCUAUA